AUGGACUCUCUCUCUCUCUCCCGGAGAGAAAGUAAGCACCUGUUAAUGUUAGAUCCAUCUGUACAAAUGUAUGAAGAAUUCAUGUGUAAAUUCGCAAUACAAACAUUUGCACUCUUUUGUCUCACACUUCGUAAGGUCUUAGAAGGUACCAUGCGGUCCAGUGAACCGCGGCAUCACCAGCGGAAGCGGGCGCGUGAGGGCGAGGUAGGCACUGAAUCGGGGGAUGUUGAGCUUCCGCCGCAGUUGCCGCAGGAAAAAAAAGGCUCCGCGUGUCAAUCUCCUCCGCAUAGUCGUGCGCCUCCUUCGCCGGAGAAACGUACCAAUAGUUGUGCCGGUGAAGGCGACAGUGACUGCGUCUUUGUGCCUGCACCGAGCACCUCCUGCGGUGGUGGUACUAGUGGUGGUGGUGGGCCGCACCAGGAGCGGAAGCUGAAGCAGGCGACACUUGUCUCGUUUGGACUUAUCAACGACGCCUCGCUCUUCAGAAAAGAGAUUGCGGACAGGGACGCACAAAUCGACGAGUUGCGGGAGCGAUUGUCGUCGAUGGAGUCGAGAGUGGCGGAGGCGGAGAGCGCACUUGCUGCGAGCGAGGCGCAGUUGAGCCAGGUGGCAUUGCGCGCGGAGCAUUACCAACGCGUUCUGCGGGAGGAGAUGUUACGAACGGCGCGGCAGGCUAAAAGCGAUGCGCGACGGGCGCUGCACCAGAAGCACUUUGAGCUUGGCCAGAUUGCGAUGUGGCACAGUAGCGGUCGCGAGGUGUGGGUGGAGGGCAACAGACCGAAGGAGCUCAUCAUGCAGCUGGAGGAGUUGUCGUCGCGCCGCGAUGAGGUGGAGGAACUGAAGAAGGCGGCGGAGAAACGCGUCCGGCAGCUUUUGCGCAGCAGUGACGAGGAUUCCAUGACGCCUGAAUUACAGAACGCACUGAUGGAGUCGCAGGAGGCGAUGCAACUUUACACCUCGGAGUUUGCCGCGCUGGGAAGCAGCAUCCAGGCGGUGAAGCAGCGGCAGCUGGAGCUGGACCACGAGAAGAAGGCAUUUUUGAAGGAGAUACGCCGCGUCAGCGACGAGGACGCCUCCGAGUUCAUGGCAGUGCUGGCCAUUGGGCAGGGGCAGCGGUAUGUGCUGAUGCAACUGCUCGGCAAAGGCGGCUUCUCGGAGGUGUGGAAGGCGUUUGACCUGCAGGACGCGCGUUACGUGGCGUGCAAGAUCCACCGCGUGCAACGCGAGUGGUCUGCGCAGACGCGUCUUCACUAUCGCCGCCACGCCGACCGUGAGCUGGCGAUUAUGCGGACACUGCAGCACCCGCACCUCACACGACUUUACGACGAGUUUGAACACGGCGAGGCGAUGUUUGUAUCCGUCAUGGAGUACAGCCAGGGGGCGGACCUCGACACGCACCUCAAGCGGUACGGAUGCAUGCGCGAGAUGGAGGCGCGGUUGAUCUUGCUACAAGUCGUGAGCGCCCUCCGAUACCUGGCGGCGCAGGAGCAGCCGAUUAUUCACUACGACCUCAAGCCGGCAAACAUUUUGUUUCACUCAAGCAAUGCAAGCAGCCUUGAGAUCAAGAUCACUGACUUUGGCCUGAGCAAGUUGAUUCAGAGUCGUGAUGGGCCGCACGACAACCCGACGAUCGAGCUCACGUCGCAGGGCACAGGCACGUACUGGUACUUGCCACCGGAGUGUUUUGAUACCGUUGCCACCCCCCGCAUUAGCAACAAAGUGGAUGUGUGGUCCUGUGGCAUCAUUUUUUACCAGAUGCUCUUUGGCAGACGCCCAUUUGCCGAGGGUGAGUCGCAGCGGCGUAUAUGGCAGGACAAACUCAUUGUCUCCUCUGCCCGCACGCUGCGCUUUCCUGACACACCGCGGGUGUCGCAAGAGGCGAAGGAUCUCAUACAAAAGUGUCUUGAGUACCACCCCUCGGACCGCUACGAUGUCCACCAGCUCAGCCAGGACCCUUACCUGCAGCGCACAUCACGGCGAUCGACACGCUCGGAACGGCCGUCAUCGUCGUUGCUUCCACCGUCGUUACCAUCGUCGGCGUUGGCACCAACUUCCGUGGCGGAGGGGAAGGGGGAUGCCGUCAC